CGUGAUUGGCCUGUUCGCCAAGCGACUCGCUCAAUCGCCCUCUCUCUUGAGGACAUCAUCAGCCUUCAAACCAACAUAGAUUCGAUGUUCUCGGAAGAGUUAUGCCUCGCCUCUUUAGAUUGAACUCUGGCUCGAUUCAGCUCCGGAUGAGUUAACGAUGCUUGGGCGAUCGCAUUCGAUGCGAGGAUCCCUGGCCAUAAGCCAGGAAGGCAGAAUUCGAGGGAAGUAAUCGUGUAUUGUUGUAAUUUCGGAAGCUUCCUCCGGUGCGAGAGUGAGUAUCUGGAGAAUUGCGACAAGUGUCCAGAGUUUGAAGGCAUCGGAAAAUCUUGCUACAGUAUUAUACAGGAAGUGGAGGAUUAUGAGAGGACAGGUCAAGGGAUGGAGGUUUGGUUGCUUUAGAACUUGAGAAGGACAGUGGAAUUCGAUUCUGAAAUUGAUGGCAUUGGACCAAUUCUAGGUUUAUAACGUCCGGCUUCGGGCAGACAGCAACUGUGGUGAUUUUUUGGUGGGGUUCUGAUCGUUGAUUUCGUACAGGAGUACAUAUAGUUUAUGCUUAGGGAGUUAGUUAGCUGGUUGCAAUGCGGCCAUCCGGUCAGAUAAUGAGGUCUGUAGCCAGGUACUUAUCGACCCACCGGCCAUCUCCCGUCAUCACUCAGCCUUCCAUCACUUGUGAAAAUGUUGCCAAGCUGCCACGGAGAUUGGAAGAAAGUUUUCUUCGUCAGAGCAGUACUUUUGGGUCAUCAGGAGGUGGAAUUGAUACACAUUCCGUAGAAAAACUGCAGGAGUUUUGGCAAAGGGAUGCGGCCCUCGGUGCAUCUCAACAGAGGAGGGGUUUUUUGAGUGUUGGUGAUGGAGAUGAAGAGAACGACAGAUCACGGCAUCACGAAGAAACUCGCCUUAUCGGGUAUUCUCCAGAGCAGAUGUAUGCUGUUGUAGCAGCUGUUGACUUAUACGAGGAUUUUGUUCCAUGGUGUCAAAGAUCAACAAUUAUUUGGCAUAAACCUAAUGAAGCUAUGGAAGCAGAGCUUGAAAUUGGAUUCAAGUUUUUUCUGGAGCGCUAUAUUUCUCAUGUUGAACUAAAACCACCACACUUAAUUAAGACCUCCGUAUCACAAAGUACUUUGUUUGACUACCUAAUCAACGUCUGGGAGUUCAAGCCUGGACCAACACCCCACUCAUGCAAUCUGCAUUUUCUUGUCGACUUCCAGUUUCGCUCUCCUUUAUACUCAAAGGUGGCUAAUAUGUUUUUCAAUGAAGUUGCCCAACGUCUUGUUGUAUCUUUCGAAGACCGAUGUAAAACCGUGUACGGGCCGAGUCUCCAGGCUGCUGGAAAGGGUUCAUGAUUUAGCCCAUUUUUUGCAUGCUGUACAUUGCAGGAGUAAGCUAAUUAGAGGCCUUCUUCUUCUGGCACCGUCAAGCAUACUUCCUCGUUGUCUAUUGUUGUUUUGCUUGCCUUACGCAUACUCCGGUGCUAAGGUCAUUUUUCAACGCUUCCUCGCCUUUAGCCAGCGACACCGUUUGUUCCGCCUAUUUAGUACUGCAACAUCGGAAACUUCGUUACCCAUGUAUUUCUCCUUUUCACUGAUGGAGAAGUUAUUCAGACAGACGUGCCUUGUGAAAUGAAGAUCAUAUGCACUAGCAAAAUUUUCUCCUCCCUUCCACAUCAUUCCUUGUUAUCAUGAGAAAACUUGAGGUCAUUGCAUGUCGAAUGACAUUCUUGUACUGCAGCACAUUUCCAGUUCUGAAAGUUGCUGUGGAUAAUUACCCAGAACCUGAAGCAAACGGUUCUUGACACUAAGACCGGUGUCACAGUAGAGCCCUUCUCUUUCUUUUUGGAAAGUGACGCAAAGAAGAGAAGUUAAACUGUCCUUGUACUUUACAAAAGCGUGAGUGAGUUUCCUGUCUAUAUGGAGUACCGAGUUUUCGAUUAUUGUUAUACUGAAGAAUCCUUUCUAAACAAUAUAUGAUAGGUUUGAACAGUCGCACAAGUGAUUUCCUCACUUGCGCGUCAUGUUUCUCUUUCGGAAAAUGUCUUCAGCCUUUUUCUAAGGGCCCUCGAGACUUAUUAGUGUCUCGGGCCCUAACGGGAAAGUACGGAGAUUUCACUCACCUGCUUUGGGCCAACUUACAAGGCGAACAGACGAGUAUAAAAGAAGAUGAUUUGCUGUUCCACAUUCUGCUUACGUAUCCUUGGCGUUGGACUGCCGAACUGAGGGUUUUCCAGGCUUGAAGAAAUUGGUUGGUUUGACAGCGAUCACCGAUUGGCAUGGAAAGCUCAGUGCUUCUGCCACCACGAUGACUAUAUAGUGGCAUGCUUUUGAGUGUUUGCUGCAUAUUUAAUGUUUUGAACGACCAGGGCUGAGAGAAAGACGAAUUUGAACUUCUCGAUACAAAUUGAUCUCUAUUUAUCCCUGAGUCGUCGAAGAUAUCGAA